AUGGAAUACGAUUACAACCUGUAUGUACUGGGCGCAGGCUCAGGUGGCGUGCGCGCCAGCCGAAUAUCUUCAAGUUACGGUGCCAAAGUGGCGGUAGCAGAGUCUACUUAUCUGGGUGGCACCUGCGUUAAUGUCGGUUGCGUGCCGAAGAAAUUGUUUGUUUAUGGCUCACAUUUUCACGAAGACUUUAACGACGCAAAUGGCUAUGGGUGGGAUGUCAGCGUCAACGGUUUCGACUGGCCCACUUUGCGCGAUAACAAGACAGCAGAGAUUGAAAGGCUGAACGGGAUCUAUCGUAAUCUUCUCCAGAAUGCCGGCGUGGAUCUGCAUGAAGGUCAUGCAAAACUCAUUGAUGCACACACGAUAGAGGUCAAUGGACAACGCUUCACCGCAGAAAACAUUCUUAUCGCAACCGGCGGAUGGCCCACAGUGCCGGAGUUUCCCGGUGCAGAACAUGUCAUCACUUCUAACGAAGCAUUUUAUCUUGAUACCUUUCCCGAACGGGUUGUUGUAGUUGGCGGCGGUUAUAUCGCGGUCGAGUUUGCCGGCAUUUUUGCCGGCUUAGGCGCCGAGACCAUCCAGCUCUAUCGCGGCCCUUUGUUUUUGCGUGGUUUCGAUGAUUCCGUGCGUGAGUUUGUGAAAGAUGAGUUACCCAAAAAAGGCAUCGAUCUACGCUUUAACACCGACGUUGAACGAAUCGAACGCGACGGUGACACGCGCAUAGUGCACCUGAAAGAUGGUUCCACGAUUUCAGCAGAUCUUGUGUUGUAUGCCACAGGACGCCACCCCAACACCGAAAACCUGGGCUUGGAUGCAGCCGGGGUAACACUUGGCGCACGCGGCGAAAUUCAGGUGAAUGAGGAUUAUCAGACCAAUGUCCCGAACAUCUAUGCCAUCGGUGACGUCACUGACAGAAUUCAGUUAACCCCGGUAGCCAUUGAAGAGGGCAUGUGCAUUGCCAACAAUCUGUUUACCGAUCGGCCAAAAAUACACCUCAAUUACGACACCAUUCCUACCGCAGUUUUCUGCCAACCCAAUAUCGGUACGGUGGGUCCAACGGAAGCUGAAGCUGUUGCCUUACAUGGCGGUGAUCUGGACAUCUAUGAAUCCACUUUUAAACCCAUGAAACACACCCUCAGCGGACGCGACGAGCGCACUUACAUGAAAAUGAUUGUGCGUCGUUCUGAUGAUGUUGUGCUGGCGGUACAUAUGGUGGGCCCUGAUGCCGGAGAGAUCAUCCAGGGUAUCGCGGUCGCGAUCGUGGCAGGCGCGACCAAGAAGCUAUUUGACACAACGGUUGGCAUUCAUCCUACUGCUGCGGAAGAGUUAGCCAAAAACGUGAUUCUUUUCCUGGGCGACGGAAUGGGUAUCAGCACCGUGACCGCGGCACGUAUUUUUGCCGGGCAACAACAGGGCCUGGACGGUGAAGAAUACGAUCUUGCCUUUGAUCGCUUUGAAAACCUCGCCCUGAUUAAGACCUACAACACUGACGCUCAGGUACCCGAUAGCGCAGGCACCAUUUCGGCGAUUGUCACCGGACAGAAAACCCGUAUGGGUGUGCUGAGUGUGACCUCUGAUGUCCCCCGCGGUGACUGUGUGAAAGCGCUGAACCACGAAUUGCCCACCAUUUUGCAACUGGCGGAAUCGGCCGGCUAUGCGUCAGGUGUGAUCUCCACUGCACGCAUCACCCACGCAACACCCGCGGGCACCUACGCUCAUUCACCCGAUCGUGACUGGGAAAACAGUAGUGAAAUGACUGAUGAGCAUCGCGCUUUUGGCUGCAAAGACAUCGCCCAGCAACUGGUAGACAUGGAACACGGCGACGGCAUUGACGUUAUUCUAGGUGGCGGUAGAGCCCAGUUUUAUCCCGACACCACCACUGACCCUGAAUACGCGGACAGGACUGGCGCACGAGACGACGGCAAAAACCUGGUGCAGGCAUGGCUGAACAAAGCCAACAAUCGUAUGUAUGCGUGGAACAAAGCUGACUUUGAAAAAUUUGACAGCAACCCCAACAAACAAUACAUGGCGCUGUUCGAACCUUCACAUAUGCAGUUUGAGGCAGACCGUGUCCGAGAUCCGGGCGGGGAGCCCUCGGUCGCCGAAAUGACCACCUUCGCAAUCAAACGUCUGCAGAGUAAUGAAAAAGGUUUUUUCCUGCUGGUCGAAUCCGGCCGCAUCGAUCACGCGCAUCACUUUUCCAAUGCCUACCGCGCAUUGUCCGAUACCGUCGCGAUGUCUGACGCUGUCGCCGCCGCGUUGGAACUGGUCGACCUUGAAGAGACCCUGAUUCUGGUUACCGCAGAUCACAGCCAUACCAUGACCAUCAGUGGCUACCCGCCACGCGGCAACCCGAUCCUGGGCAAGGUGCCACAACCCGAAAACCCAAUGUAUCGGGACGAAAACGCUUUGCCCUAUACGACGUUGAGUUAUGCCAACGGACCUGGCUAUCAGGAAACGCUACCCGACCUGAGCGAUAUUGAUACAACCGCACCCAACUACCAGCAGCUGGGUACCGUACCCCUGCCGUCUGAAACCCAUGGGGGCGAAGACGUCGCCGCAUUUGCUACAGGCAAAAAUGCCGAGGCGGUACGCGGCAUCAUGGAGCAAAACAAGUUAUUCGACGUCAUGACAGAUGCUCUGAAUUUCCUCGAUGGGUUGCUCGGCAGCGCCGCGUAUUUCCCGCUGGUGUUGCUGGGAAUGGGGUUGUUUUUCACGAUUUACCUUGGUUUUCCGCAGAUUCGGUAUUUCAAACAUGCCUGGUCCGUGCUGCGCGGCAAACACUCCCAACAGGAUGAUCCUGGCGAUACCACACACUUCCAGGCGCUAUCCACAGCGCUGUCAGGCACCGUGGGCACCGGCAAUAUCGGUGGCGUUGGCUUAGCCAUCUUCCUGGGUGGACCCGCGGCGUUAUUCUGGAUGUGGGCAACCGCCUUUGUUGGCAUGACCACCAAGUUUGUUGAAGUGACCGUCAGUCACAAAUACCGCAAGCAGGAUGACAAGGGCAACAUGGUUGGCGGCCCCAUGCACUACAUGGAAUACGGUCUCAACAUGAAAUGGCUGGCGGUGUUUUUUGCCAUCGCCACGGUCAUCAGCAGCUUCGGCAGCGGCAACCUGCCCCAGGCGAACAACAUGGCUUCUGGCUUGAUGACAUCAUUUGCUAUUCCAACCUGGCUCAGCGGCGCCGUAUUAGCCGUCCUGUUAGGUCUGGUCAUUGUUGGCGGCAUUCGGCGCAUCGCGGUAGUUGCCGCCACCCUGGUGCCGUUCAUGGGCAUUCUCUAUGCAUUUGGUGCGCUCGCGGUUGUGCUGUCGAACUAUGAAAAUGUUCUACCCGCACUGGCAUCUGUUGUGAGUGAUGCGUUUACCGGCUCAGCUGCAACCGGCGGUUUUCUCGGCGCAAGUUUUGCCUAUGCGUUUAACCGGGGUGUAAACCGCGGACUGUAUUCAAACGAAGCGGGGCAGGGGUCUGCUCCUAUUGCCCAUGCCUCCGCCAAGACCCGAGAACCUGUCUCCGAAGGCAUGGUGUCGAUUCUGGAACCUUUUAUCGACACAUUGAUCAUCUGCACCUUAACUGGUUUGGUUAUUCUGUCCUCCGGGGUGUGGCAACAGAAAUUCGAAACGCCGUUUGCGGAGUUUGAUACGCACAUCAUUGCCGGCACCUACAGCGACCAGAACCCGGAACAUGUCAGCCAGCUUUUUGCUCACCUGGAUUUAUCACCGCCGGCAAACGACCCGGUUAAAGCGUUCAGCGGUGAACUGGAAGUCAUCAACGGCGUAAUACAGGGAAAUGCUGCAACUAUCCUGCACAAUCGUUCAAUAGCCGAAGAGGUUAUCGUUUACGCCGACAACACUCUUUACAGCGGCACGCUGCAGGUGGCAGAGGGCAGCAUGGUUACCGAUAACCUGUUGCUACAGGGUAAAUCCCUUUUACACUCGGUUCCGCUCACCGCGCAGGCUUUUCAGGCCAGCUUCCUCGGCAUAUUUGGUGAAUACGUCGUCACCAUUGGCCUGGUUAUGUUUGCUUUUUCAACAGCGCUGGCGUGGUCGUACUACGGCGAUCGCGCUGUCACCUACCUGGUGGGUUCGCGUUGGGUUACACCUUAUCGUCUGCUCUACGUUGUGGGUUUUUUCCUGGCAACCGUUGCGGACACGAGCCUGGUUUGGCUUAUAUCAGCAAUCACCGUUGCACUGAUGACGCUACCCAACCUGAUUGGCAUUUUCCUGAUGCGCAAAGAAGUGAAAAAUAUGGCAGCUUUCGCACAACACAUAGCUGUUGGUCGGAUCAUCAAACUGAGCCAGUAUCGUUAA